AUGCAUCCGACUUCACUGGCCAUUGGAACCGGGCUUUCAUCCGGCAUACUUUCCCACAUUCUAAUAUUCAACAAGGGGGAGUGGGAUCUUUACACCAUCAAGAUACUACAGGGACUUCUCAUAGUCAUUGGUCUCCUGGCACUGAGCUUCAAGAGGCUGGGAACUACAGAGGCUGGGUCGCCGUACAGCGUCUUCGAAUCUACCAUAGCAUCCAUAUACAUGGUGUCUUUGAUAGUUCCAGGGACCUUUUGCAGCAUAUUCCUUUAUCGCAUCUGCUUCAUUCAUCGCUUGUACCAGUUUCCGGGUCCUCUCAUGGCCAAAGUCUCCAAUUUAUAUCUCACCAGGCGUUCCGUCGCCCAAUUCCAGCUCUACAAAGAGAUCCAGAACCUCUAUAGAACAUAUGGGGAUAUUGUGCGAGUAGGGCCCUCAGCACUAUCGAUCCUCGGCACCAAGGUCUUCCAAGCCAUACACGCCAACAAUUCGCCCUGCCGCAAGGGACCUUGGUACAAUAUCGAACAGCCGGCCAUCUCUCUCCACAUGUCGCGCGACAAGAACGAUCAUUCUCGUAGACGACGAGCUUGGGACAGUGCGUUUAGCUCAAAGGCCCUCCGAGAUUACGAGCCCCGCGUUGUCAAAUAUACCAGCCAAUUACUCAAUCGACUAGAACAGAGCCAAGCCACAACUAUUGACAUUGCGAAGUGGUUCAAGUUUCACAGCUUCGACACCAUAGGUGACCUGGCUUUUGGUCAGAGCUUCCACAUGCUAACAGACGGCGUUAAGCAUCCAUUCAUGGCACUGGUUGAGUCGCAUAUGGCAAUGGCCGGUACCUUUAGUCAACUGAUCUGGAUGUUUCCCCUGUUCAGGGCGAUGUCGUUCCUUGGUCGUGAAGAUGCUAUCUUCCAGAAAUGGCUUGGGAAUCAAGUUCGUCAUCAAGAACAGCUGUUGCUGGAAGGUGAGGCGACGUCCUCCACGUGGCAGAGUCUGUCGGCUAAUCUUCUGCUCAGUGAUACUACUUCCGUAACACUAACUUGCCUGUUUUACCUAUUGGCUACUAAUAAAAAUGCGUGCAUGCGGCUUCAAGAGGAGAUCGACAACUUUUUUUCCAGCUCUUCACAACCUAAUCACUCGAGCUUUUCCAAGUUGACAUACCUUCAAGCUUGUAUUGAAGAAACACUGCGACUUUUUCCUCCAGUUCCAUCUGGAUUGCAGCGCAUGACACCUGCAGAAGGGCUACAAGUCGGUGAAAUCUUCAUCCCUGGAGAUACCAUAGUGACUGUUCCCUCCUAUACGGUGUAUAGAGAUGAGCGAUACUUCACCGCUCCUAAUGACUUCGUUCCUGAGCGCUGGAUGAUAAAACCAGAAAUGGUAAAGGACGACUCGGUUUUUGCUCCAUUCUCAGUGGGUAAGUUCCAGUUGUUUCUGCCUCGCUAUUUCCUUGCGUGCUUGGGAUUAACCACAUUAUUCAGGACGCUAUGCCUGCGUGGGUAA